CAUGUCGAGGGCAGAAGGAGGCCCGCACACCUGCACCUUUUCUUCGACAGUUUUGACAACGCUAAGGAACGAGCUCGGCUCCAAGAUGGCGGACGCGCAGAAUCCGGUCGACGCAGGCGACGUCCAGACGGCAUCCGCGACUGCCUCCCCGUCCGCUGUUUCUGGCGGCGACAAGCACCCUGGUUCUGAGGGCCCUGAGGGAACCUAUCAAGACGCGGCCAUCCUGCGCCUGAGCGUGGAGGUGCUGCUGCGCGUGUGCCGCUGCCUGGAGGGGCAGAACCUGUUCCAGCUGGGCCGGGUGUGCCGAGCGCUGCGAGCCGUGGCCCGCGACCGCCACGCCUGGAGCCACGUGGAGGCGACCUUUGUGAGGUGGUCUCAGCCCCGCCCGGUCUGGACGUUGGCGGCCCCCGCCUUGCGUGCCGUCCGUGUCGAUUGUUCCUCUGGAGGAGCAAACCCGCUCCGUUGCACGCGCCUGGUCAGGGAGCUUCACAUUGACUGCGAGCGCUCAGAUCAUCAUUGUGGAGGGUGUGACUUCGUUCCAGCUCUGCUAGAGCAUUACGGCGACAACCUGAAGGUG